AUGUUGAUAUCCCUGCAAGGAAAGAUUGCGGCCCAGUGCGGGCACGCUGUUCUGGGAGCAUAUAAAGCCGCUGCGCGGCAGGAGAGUGCUUACCUGGAACCUUGGGAACGUUCUGGGGCAAUGAAGAUCGCCCUCAAAGUCUCCAGUGAGGAGGAAUUGUGUGAUUUCCACACAAGGGCUGACAAGAGGGAUGUGUCUUGCUACACGGUGAGAGACGCCGGCCACACCCAGGUAGCACCACAUACUCGGACCGUGUGUGCCAUUGGCCCGGCGUCCGCAGAGACUCUUGAUACCCUCGGCUGCAGUAGCUUGAAACUCCUAUGA